CUAACUGAAUUCAGUAUCAUAACUCAAAAGCCUUUGCAGUAGCAGUACAACAGCCAUAGUAGCGCAAUCACUAAAUUAUUACCAGCAAACAUCCGAAACAAUCAAUUCAAUAUGAAGACAAUCGUACUUUUCGCUGGACUCAUCUGUGCUUUCUGCCUCUUCCAUGCCACCAAUGCAGCGCCAGCUGGUACAACUGCUCUGGAGCUAGAGCCGGAAUUCGACCAAUUGGCCGUACUCAAUGAGGAGUCUGUGUCUGAGUUGAGUCGCCAAAAGCGCGCCACAUGCGAUCUACUUAGUGGCACUGGCGCUAAUCACAGCGCUUGUGCGGCCCAUUGCAUACUUCGCGGCAAUCGUGGCGGUUAUUGCAACGGUCGCGCUGUUUGCGUCUGUCGUAACUGAAAAGAGCGAGGUGAAAUAUAAACCAGUGGGAGAAACUUAUACGCUUAUUUUUUGAAAAUACAAUUUGAAAUAUGUAUAUAUGUAUGUAUAAGAAUGUACGCUUGAAAAAAAUAUUAAAAUUAAAUU